AAGACGGAAGCGCAAUGGCGACAUUGGAUCGAAAAGUACCCAGUCCGAAUACGUUCCUGUACAAACCGUGGUCUGCUUUCGUCGAUGCCGUAAAAUUACAAAACUCUGACAUUGCACAUGUUGAAGAUACGGGGAAGGAUUUCGGGAACGGCAGGGAGGCGAGGAAACUCAGCCGAGAGGACAUGCCCCUGUAUGGACAGUACCCAGCGCAUGACCAGCUGUGCCUGGUCGUGUGCAACACCUGCAGCCUGGUGGUGAAACCCCAGAGCUUCCUCUCCCACUACGAGAGGAGACACGCCCCCUCCUGUGAGCCCCGCCCCCCCAGGGUGUCCCACAGCAGCCCCCUGCAGCCCCGGCCCUGCGGCAGGGCGCCGCUCUCUGUGUACCCCCCGAAAGGGCCCCGCGGCAAGCCCUGUGUCUCUGUGCCGGUGGUGAGCCUGGAGAAGAUGUGGUGUUUGGGCAGGGGAGAGGGCCCCCAUGUGAGGAUCAGCUGCCCCCCUACCUCUUCAUCAUCAUCCUCUUCCUCCCCGGGCUCAGUGCGACCCCCCCACCGGCCCCAGGACCGGCAGCUGAACGGCAGGGGCCCCCCCACGCCCCUCCCCAGCCCCUCCCCCUCCCCCUCCGCACUGGACAAGAGACCCUCCCCCUCCCCCACCUCAUUGGACCGGAGGCCCACACCCACGCCCUCCCCUUCCUCCUCAUUGGACAGGCAGCCCCCGGCCCCGCCCCCUCCACUGGACAGGAAGCACCAGAACGGCACCAAGCCCUAUAAGAGGGUGUCGGGGAGGGUGUUCGAUCCCAACAAGCACUGCGGCGUCCUGGACCCAGAGGGCCGGAAGCCCUGCACGCGGUCACUCACCUGCAAGACCCACUCUCUGACUCACCGGAGGGCGGUGCCGGGGCGGGUGAAGCAGUUUGAUUCGCUGCUGGCAGAGCACAAGGGGCGGCACCUCAGGGAGCAGCAGGGAAGCCACACCCACCCCAGCCGCCCCGGCCAAUCGCAGGAGCCGAGCAGCAGCAGCAGCAGCGCUGUCACAGACGGCCAUGAGGCCAGGAGCACGUCUCUGCUGAAGAGCCGGCUGGCCAACGCGCACAUCCCCAGGGUCCCGGCUGGGUGGAGCAGUGUGGCACAGAGCCCCUGUGUGGGCCCCCCUCCCGACAGCGUGGCCCCCGGCCCCGGAGCAGAGGGGGUCUCCAGCGAGGAGGGCGAGGUGGAGCCCCCCGAGGAUUUAGACUGUCCCUGUUCCUCUCAUCACCCCCGACCCAUGGGGUGCUGUGUGUUCGGGGGCCGUCUCAUGGGGAGGGGGUACUACGUGUUCGACCGGCGGAGGGACCGCUUGCGACUGGCCCUGCACUGCAUGGUGGAGAAGCACGUCAGCACACACAUGUGGAGGAAGAUCCCCCUGGCCGCAGAGAGCCGAACGCCUCACUCUGGUGCCCCGCUGGCCCCGCCCCCCCUGGCCCCGCCCAGCUCCCUGCCCCCCCCUCUCCUGCCCUCCCCUGCCCCGCCCACCCCAUCCAACAGCGUCUCCAUGGUAACCUACUCCACUGCCUUUCCCCAUGUGGGCGCGACCGGGGGCGUGUUCAGCAUCGUUGACUCCGCCUCCCUCCUGCCCCCCGUCCCCGCGCUGGCCCCCCUGUACCCCUCCCCCCCCCGGCAGCCCCGCCCCCGGCCCGCCAAGUCCCCGAAAGCCUGCGACCUGCCCCCACGGGGGGGGUGGGCUGUGGGCGAGGUCACCGGCAGCAAGAGGAGGAAGUCCCCGCUCUCCUCCUCCUCCUCUUCCUCCUCCUCCUCCUCGUUCACGGGGCCCCUCAGGGGAAACUGCCACGCGCCCCUGCCCCCGCCCAGCCCCCACCAGCCCAGCCCAGCGAUCAGCAGCAACGGGACCGCCCCCCUCUGUGCCAAAGCCCCGCCCCCGGGCCACGCCCUGCCCCGCCCCCUGCCCUUCUCCGGGGACCACGCCCUCUUCGCCCGCGCCGACGGCAGGAAGCGCAAGAGCUCCAGCCCCGCCGGGCGGCCCGGCAACACGCCCAAACCCGCCCCCCUCAACACCAUCUACAGGCCCCCAGGGUCAGAGCCGCCCCACCCCACCCUCCCCCGACAGCCAAAGGUACAUCACUGAGGGUGGGGGUGAGCCGGUCACCAUGGCAGCACGGUCACAUGACGCUGAUGUCACUGCUGAUGUCACGGGCCAUGUCAUCCCUGGAGCCCCCGAGGUGAUGACAUCACAGCCUCGGCCCCGAGCUGAAGGGCACCGGGGGGCCCUGCUGAGGGAGGUGCAGUGUUCCUGGGCCCCCGGGUCUGGAGACACCUCACAGGCCCGGGGGAAGAGAGGAGAAACAGGCUCAUUUACUGCUUUUCCUUUGGUGAAAAGGCCACUUCAUGUUGCAUGGAUUUCAGUCUAUUUUACUGACAUGAGCAGUGUUUGUGCAGCGCUGCGUUUGGAGAGCCGUAGGCCGGGGGCCUCCUUUCCGAGGUCUGUGUGUUCCUCCUUCCUCUCAGCCUGUGGACAGGGUGCGCUGCUGCCCCCCGCAGGUCAGUAUUAAAAGUGCACUUACUCCCCGGUCUCCCCUGGAGUCGACUGGAACGGGCGCCGCAGUGCAGCCAGGAAACGUGGAUUUGGGGAAACGUAUUUUAAUGUUUUAAUGUCAGAAACGGAAGACUCGGGGCGAGGAUGUGCGUUUCGGCUCGCGAACAGCUAGGAAUCGCAUCCGAAAUGUACAAUUUUCAUAGUGUACUUUUUCGUUUGAUUUAUUUGUCAUUUUCUUUUAAUAUUGUUCUAUCUCGACCCAAUAAUGCUAAGGUUCGUCAGCAGAAUUAUAUUUGUAUUUCCUUUUUAAAGUAUUAUGAUAGUAUUCCAAUUGUUGAAAAAAGGUGUACAAAUUUGUACUAUUUUUAUAUUUAUUUUUUAUUUUCUCAGAAAAUUUUGUUACUUUUUUAAAAACCCUUCUUGGUCACAUGGGAUUCAUGAAAUUUAUGAAAUUUAUGAAAUUUAUGAAAGAUUUUAUGUCAAACUCCAUAAGGGGCAUGACAUUAAUUUGCUCACGGCUUUUAUUUAUUUUGUUCGUCCAAAAUUCUGAGAUUAAUUUUACAAUCUCACGGUCUCCUCCUUUGCUUCUGAUCUCCUGUCUGACUCUGAUUUCAGCCAAUCACACGUGAUUUGUAGAACAAAGCCUCAGAGUGGGUUCUGACAGGUCUGUGAUUGACAGCAUGUUGGCUCCGCCCAUCACGGGGACAGGCACAUCAGAGUCCAGUGUGAGGAGGGGCGGACAUUAGCAGCACUUUCCAAAGGCACCAGGAGCUUGCCUUUAAAAAAGUAU